GUGAAGGUAGCACGUUGAACUGAAAGCUUUUGGGAGUGCUGCGACACAAGGCCUGCAGUCAAGCCCAGUGUCCGGUGGGAAUCCGGGCCCCGGCCAGGUGUAGAUCACCAAGGGAUGGAUCGCGUGUGGAGUGCGUGGUGCGGCAAGUGCGUCAAAGAGAAAGGGUCGCCUCCGCUUUGGGCCCAGCGCAUCGUGGUUGCCUGGCUCAGUAGGGCCGAGUGGGAUCAGGUGACGGUGUAUCUGUUUUGUGACGACCAUAAAUUGCAGCGGUACGCCCUGAACCGCAUCACCGUGUGGAGGAGUAGGUUAGGCAACGAACUCCCCCUGGCAGUGGCUUCUACUGCUGACCUGGUACGCUGUAAGCUCAUGGAUGUAACUGGUGGCUUGGGCCCUGAUGAACUUAGACUUCUCUAUGGCAUGGCGUUGGUCAGGUUUGUGAAUCUUAUCUCAGAGAGGAAGACAAAGUUUGUCAAGCUCCCUCUCAAGUUCCUGGCUCAGGAGGUAAACAUUCCGGAUUGGAUUGUUGAACUUCGCCAUGAGUUGACCCACAAGAAAAUGCCCCAUAUAAAUGACUGCCGCAGAGGAAAGGUGCUGGUGAGCAGAAGAAAGCAAAGAACAGAGAGAUAACCCAGAGCAAGAGGGGCUACUUCCAGAUAUUGGAGAUUUG